AUGAAAGCUUUUAGAUCUCUGCGGCUACUGAUUUCAAUCUCACGAACGGCGGCGACACCUCGGACUAAACCCAAUCAGCCUCACGACUUUCUCCGCCGGUUUUACUCGGCGCAGCCGAAUCUAGACGAACCCACCUCCGUCAACGAAGACCGUCCCGUCAGCGACUCUGUUUACGAUGGCAGUCAAUACUCAAUCCCUGAUUCCAAUGUUGAUUCAGCGAAAAAGCGAAAGCAAGCCACUUGGGACAAAGGGUACAGGGCGAGAGUAGAGAAAGAGCUGUUUCCGAAAGAGACGGAGAAAUUGGAAAUCGCAGAAGAAGAGAGCUCCGAAGAAGAAGAAGAUGAUGAUGAUGAGGAUAGUAUUGAUAGGUCAAGGGUCCUCGCGAAGGCUCUGUUGGAGGCGGCGCUUGAGUCAGCUGAUGAAGAGCUCGGUGAAGGCGAGGUUAACGAAGAAGAUCAGAAGUCGCUUAAUGUCGGAAUCAUCGGCCCACCAAACGCCGGAAAAUCUUCCCUCACUAAUUUCAUGGUUGGAACAAAGGUUGCAGCUGCUUCUAGGAAGACCAACACGACGACUCAUGAAGUGUUAGGAGUAUUGACAAAAGGAGAUACACAAGUCUGUUUCUUUGAUACUCCGGGUCUAAUGCUUAAGAAAAGUGGAUAUGGUUACAAAGACAUCAAGACUCGUGUGCAAAAUGCUUGGACUUCGGUUGACCUCUUCGAUGUCCUCAUUGUUAUGUUUGAUGUCCAUAGGCAUCUCACUUGUCCUGAUUCAAGAGUUGUACGCUUGAUCACAUGCAUGGGCCAAGAAGCAAAUCCGAAACAAAAACGGAUUCUAUGUAUGAACAAAGUUGAUUUGGUUGAGAAGAAGAAACAGCUGUUAAAAGUUGCUGAGGAGUUCCAAAAUCUUCCGGCUUAUGACAGGUACUUCAUGAUAUCAGGACUUAAGGGAUCUGGAGUUAAAGAUCUUACUCAAUAUCUAAUGGACCAGGCAGUUAAAAAGCCAUGGGAAGAAGAUGCAUUCACCAUGAGUGAAGAAGUCUUGAAGAACAUCUCUCUUGAAGUUGUUAGGGAGAGAUUACUAGACCAUGUUCAUCAGGAAGUACCGUAUGGCGUGGAGCACCGUCUAGUGGACUGGAGAGAGCAGCGAGACGGGUCUCUGAGGAUCGAACAGCAUCUCAUCACUCCUAAACUUAGCCAGCGCAAGAUUCUUGUUGGCAAAGGCGGUUGCAAAAUCGGGAGGAUAGGAAUAGAGGCCAAUGAAGAGCUAAGGAGAAUAAUGAACCGUAAAGUCCAUCUCAUUCUCAAGGUAUUGCUCAAGUGA